AGUUGAGAUUUAACUCGGUAGGGAUUGGUCACCUUGAGAUAUCACAAAAAGGCUUCUCAUAGUUCUCAUUCGAGUGAAGACCGUUGGCUGAUCGAAACUUCGAAUUGGUCACGCAUAGAUGUGCUCUGAUGUGGCUCUGAUAGACUUUUUUAAAGAGCGCACCACCUGGAUACCUAAAUAAUCUCGAGAAUCAUAAGUAAAUUUUAAAACAAAUUUGUUGAAAUUGAUCAUUUGACAAUGAGCCAGAGUAAUAUGCGGCCGGAUUCCUCGCGAAAAUAAAUUUUAAUCACCAUCCAUGAGAAUACGCACAUCUGGUUUCGUUUGACUAAAAUAAAAAGUUGUGAUUACUGAAAUCAUAACAAUAUGAACGGCGGACGAGGACUGGUGAAUAUUCUACGAUCAAGAGCAUUUCGUAACUAUGCCCAAAAACAAACCACAAUGCCGGUAAGAAAAUUGCAAAUAUCCGAACCGGAAUACGACCUUGAAUAUUUGUACGAUGUUGGAAAUCGUGAGGAAAUACUCGAGAACAUAAAGCGGAGAAAAGGUGUCGGAGACAUAGACAAAGUAUUAGAAUUAUCGAAGAAACCAGCAUCGAGGAAUGAGCUCAUGAAAGAGUUACACAAAAUUCCUAACAGGACAGCACCGGGUGUUUACGAGUACGGUGACGAGCCGCGAGUACUCGCCGAAUGUGGAGUGAAGAAAAAAUUCGAUUUUACGCCGUUGAAUUUCAACAAAUUGGCGGAAAAGUUGCAGCUCAUUAGAACUGAAGAUCUGGGCCCACUGUCCGGAGAAAAAAGUUACAUAUUUUUUAGAGAUUUGGCUCAAAUGGAAGAAGCUUUGAUAAGCUACAGCGUCGACAAACUUUUGAAGCAUGGAUUUCGGUUGAUCAGUGUACCGGAUAUUCUACCAACGACCAUAAUCGAGCGAUGCGGUCUUAUCGUUAGCGGCGAAAGAACCCUCGUUUACUCGUUGGAUUCUCAUUAUGGCGAUUACAGUCUUUCCGGUACAGCCGAGAUGGCUUUGGCUGCUAAACUCGCGGAUGCCCAAUUUUCCAUCUCCCAAUUGCCCCUCAAAUUAGCAGCUGUAAGCCGUUGUUACAGGGCUGAAGUAUCAAAUAUCGCUGAAGAACGUGGUUUGUACAGAGUUCAUCAGUUCACCAAAGUCGAAAUGUUCGUUUGUUCCGAUCCGGACAAUUCCUCACAGUCAAUGAACGAAUUGCGGGAGAUUCAACAAAGCCUAUUCGCCCCUUUGGGCAUUCACUUCCGAGUUCUCGACAUGCCGGCCCAUGAACUUGGUGCACCUGCUUACAGGAAAUUGGACAUAGAGGGUUGGCUACCGGGGAAACAGUUUUACGGUGAAUUAUCGAGUUGCAGCAACUGUACGGAUUAUCAGUCACGAAGAUUGAACAUAAAAUACGAAGAUAAGAACGGCGAAUCGUCAUAUGUGCAUACUUUGAACGGGACAGCUUGUGCUAUACCCCGAAUGUUGAUUGCAAUUUGUGAGACUCAUCAAACCAAGGACGGUAACAUUGUUGUACCGGAAGCGUUAAUUCCUCACAUGAGGGACGAAACUUUUAUCAAAAAACAACAGAUACCUUCGAUGAGGGAUUACAAAUGCAAGCAAAAAGGGCUUUCAUAAUAAAAUCACUUACAAAUA